CGAUCGUCGGCGGGGAUGGGCGCCGGCGCGGGAGAGAUGCUGGGGCCGCACGGGGACAUGGCGUGCGAGGAGGGGGAGCUCGAGCUGGAGGAGGGCGAGGCGGCCCCCGGCGGCGCGGACGGGUAUGGCCGCUACGGUAACGGCGGCGGCGGCGGCGAGCUCUUUGAUCCGGACGCGAUCUCCUACAUAGACGAAAAAGUUCAAAGAUUGUUGGGCCAUUUCCGUAAGAAAUUUGAUGGCCCAAUAACUUUUGAGAAUUUGGGGCCGCUAUAUGGGAAAAGUGGUUCGUUCUUGCCAGCAUACCUGGCCUUUCCUCAAUAUAGGAGCUCUGCAGAUCCACUGAACUAUGCCAGUGCCUCUAGAUCACCAUAUUUGUCAACAGAGGCUGCACAAAAGAACCAUUUUGUUAAGACCAAAUUAGACACCAGCAGGAAAAGUGACUACUAUCAAAUAUCCAAUGAGUGCAAUGGUAAUCUCUCAGGACAGAUGUUAAACAGAGCAAUCAAUUAUUCUGAGCAGAAAGCACCGAAAAUACGUAUCAAGGUGAAUAACAAUAAAUGUUUGGCAAGAAGUACUGCUGCUAUAUACAGUGGUUUGGGCCUUGACAUUUCCCCAUCAUCAUCCACGGAAGACAACCUAGAUGGGACUGCUGGGGCUCCGGUGCCUGAAGUUUUGCCUGAUGAAUCUCCACGUACCAUUUUUGAGAUAAUGACCUGCCAUUUUAUUCCUGGAGGUCACUUGCUCUCACCCCUCACAGGAAAUGUUCUGGAACUGAGACAAAAGCCUAAAGCUGUGAUAAAACAUGAAGCACCUGAAUUUCAUGAUGGCAAAGCAGAAUUGCACAGAGGUCGGGGCCAAACAGCCUCUGCUAGGCUGGAUAUCAAAGAUAAGAAUGCCAAGGAAGUCAAGUAUGAUGAAAAGAAAGAUAGGGUUCCCAAAUUCAAGAGUUCAAAAUGCAGAGUUAACAAGCCAUCUGCUGUGAAUAAGGGAACCAGGCCUCAUGUGCAUAAUGUUUCAGAUGAUACUGGUUCAGAUUUCUUACCUACAAUCAUCAUAAAGACAGAAAAUUCAGUCGAGUCUGAAAAAUUUACUGGUGAGAUUUCAGAUCAAAUGCAGGGAUCAAAGAAGGGUCCGUUAAAAGGACACGUUAGUGACAAAAACAAAGACAGUAAGAAAGAACCUUCACUUGAUCAUAGAUUUUCAUAUAAAAACAGUUAUAACUCUGAAGAGUACAACAAUCAACAUUCUAUCAGUUCUAGUCACCUUGAAAGCAUUCCUAGCAAAACUUUGUCGCUGGAGAGGGACAAGGAAACAGCAGUGCAUGUAAAACAGGAAGUAUCUCAGUACAAAAGUAUGGAAAUGAGAAGCCUGUUUAGUGCAGAAUCCGUGGAGUUGGAAGGAAAUGUUGAUAGAAAUUAUUCAGGGCCGAUAAAAGGGAAGAACAAGAAAGUUUCCUCUUCGCAAGCUGCCCUGUCUGGGAAGAAGCUCAAGUUCAAGGCACAGAAACAAUUGAAUGAUGACAGAGACAGAAAAUCUCAUGGUGAAGAUCAAGAUUAUGCUUUGGACCAUAGAAUUGAUUUGGCUAAUUCAUAUCCAAAAGAUAAGAGUGUGAAGCUUGAGAAAAAGACCAUUUCAUUUGGGGAGAAUGGUAACAAAUCAGGAGUUGGAAAUGGUGGUGAGCUCAAGAUCUCUACCUUGUUUGAUAACAAAUCAGAUCCUUUGCCGUUAGUAUAUAGGAAUGGGACUGCAGAAUCAUCCACAGCCCUGACUGUGCCAGCACCUAUUGUAAUAAAUGAACAAUGGGUGUGCUGCGACAAGUGUGAGAAUUGGCGCCUUUUACCCUAUGGGAUGAAUCCAGAUAUACUUCCCAAAAAAUGGCGGUGUAGCAUGCAGAGUUGGCUGCUUGGAAUGAAUAGCUGCAAAAUAACUGAAGAUGAGACCACAAGAGCCCUUCGUGCUCUUUAUAUGGUUCCUGCACCUGAAAAUAAUAUUAAGGAUGGUGGUCAUGAUGCUACGGCAGGCAUAGUCGCAGCUAUUACUCCAACUUUGAAUGGAAAUAUACAGUACAUCAGUAUAUCGGGGAAGUUGAAAGGUUCCCAUGAUGGAGCCAAUGUAGAAAAUACUUUUGACUUGGCUGAUAUGUCAAAGCCCUCAAAGAAGCCACAUGUUCCUUCCAGUAGAAAACCUGAUGGUGUUGAUUGCUUCCCUAAACUCAAGGAAAAACGGAAGAUAGCAGAAUCAUCAGAUAAAGGAGAAAUUGUUGAAAAAGAUCAGUCAAAUCCAAUGAGGAGUAGUGUAGGGGUUGAUCGUGAUAACCUGAGAGCAUCAAAGAAAAUGAAGAAAGAAUCCAAUGGCCCUGUGAUGAAGCAUCAGCCCUUGGAGUUUGAAAUAAACAAAAGUAGUCCUCCAGCCAAUGUGAUUCUGAAAGACAUGCAGAAGCGUAGUGGUAUUUCACCUGGCAUGGGAAAGUAUGGUUCAUCUUCAGAAAACUCUGGUCUUCCAGAUUCGUCUAUUAAGAAGAGAAAAUUGAAAAGAAGGCAGUCAAACCAGCAUGAUCAUGACCCAGGGCAUAGCAAUGCCGACAUAAAUGUAAAACAAAAUAUUGUUGGAACUAGUGUUGUGAAGAAAAAACCCAUGCCAGAACUGAAGUUGUCAAAGACAGAUAGGACAGCGGCCCAUUCUAGAGACACAUUUGCUGAAACUGAUGAUGUUAGAAUAUCUGCUGACAGAGAGUGUUUAAGUGAGCAACAUCAAGAAAAUACCUGUUUCCAGUAUCCAUUGCUAUCUGAAAGCUCCACAAGGAGGAAUGCAGGUCAUGCCCAAACAUCUACAGCGGCCACUUCGAGUUCAUCCAAGGUGUCUAACUCCCACGAGUGUAAAGUUGUUUCUCAGGAAAUGAGGGCCUCACCUGUAGACUCAGUUUCUUCCUCACCCUUGAGAACUUCGGAUAAGAAUCCUUUGGAUAAACAUAGAAGCUAUUCACGGGCAGAAGCAGAAAAUGUGCAUUCUCAGGAGUCAGGGAAGAAAGGUUCUUCAUACUCCAACAGAAACACAGCCGUUGGAUCUGAUUCUGAUCAAGCUAAGGCUCAUGUUUCUGGUUUAUUCAAUGGAGACACAGGCCAGCAUGUUCAGAAUGAUAGGGAGUUGCUGAAAGAUAAACAAGACUUGACGAAUGCAUGCCUUAUAAACAAGUGUUCUGGGCUCAGUAUUAAAAAUGUCCAGUUGAAUCCUGAACGUAAAGUUAAUCGAGAUGCCCUGUCAUUACAUGAUAAACGUGAUCACAAGCAACCAACAGGCCGACAGAAUGGGAAAACACCGCCCCAUUUUGAUUCAAACCGAAGCGACCAUGCAAACUUGACUUAUGGGGAUAUUAAGCCUGAUAAUAUACUACAUAGUGACCUGAAAAUAAAUCCAUCUACAGUCAAAGGAAGCAAGCAGCAUCAAUUAUUAAACAAUGCAUCAAAUGGUGAUGCCUCUUACAAGGAAAACCGAAUAGAAAAGUCUGUUAUUGAAAAUUUGGAAACUAGGAAGCAAGUAACUGAUGAUGGUGAUGCUUCAAAUCUAAUAAAUGCUUCUGUUCUGCUGAAGGAAGCUCGAGAUUUGAAGCACUUGUCUAAACGUCUGAAGGGAAAAGGGGAUGACUUUGAGAGUACAAGCAUGUGCUUUGAGGCGGGUCUGAAAUUUCUCCAUGUUGCUUCUCUACGGGAGGGUCCAACUGUUGAUAGCUCCAAACAAGGGGAUUCUGUACAAGCUAUGAAACUAUAUUCUGAAACAGGAAACCUUUGUGUAUUCUGCGCUUCAGAAUUUGAGCGACUUAAGAAAAUGGCGAAUGCUGCAUUGGCAUAUAAAUGUGUGGAAGUGGCGUAUAUGAAGGCAGCUUUCUUUAAACAUCCUGGUGCAAUUAAAGAUAGGCAUGCAUUGCAGGCAGCAUCUUUGAUGGUUCCUCCAGCCGAGUCUCCAUCAUCUUCUGCUUCAGAUAUUGAUAACUUAAAUAUCCAGAGCACAGUUGCUAAGGCUGUUUCUGCAAGGGGUGUAUACUCUCCUCAGAUUGCUAGCAAUCCCAUAUCUCGGAACAAUCAUCACUUGAUGGGAUUGCUUUCUUAUGCAGAGGACAUAAAUAAUGCAUUCGAGGGAACCAGAAAAUCUCGAAAUUCAUUUUCUGCUUAUCUUUCUGGUAUUGGAAAGGGUAAGGUGAACGGUGUUUCUCUUGUGAAGGAAGUACUUGAUUUCAGUUUUCAUGACGUCAAGGGAUUGCUGCAACUGAUUCGUCAUUCACUGGAGUUUAUCAACCGUGAUAGUGUUAAAUAGUAGAACGAAAAUACUUCCUGUGAAUAAAGAUCUAUUAUAACAAGCUUUGGCGUUUGUGCUACAUUGGUAGCUCCAAGGCUCCAAUAUGGAUGUAGAGAAAACAAGAUCAGAGAGUAAAUGUCUGUGAAUGGAAAGGAUUAACGCUGCCUUCUCUUGUGGGGUGAUCAUUUGGACCAUGGCAGACUGCCAAAGUAUUAUUUUACCAAGUCUACUUUUGUUGCCUGAAAGUAUUCUUGCCGAUGAUCAUUUGACUAGUGAGCUGGCAAAGGGGAUACAAAGUACAGAUGUAAGUUGCUACAUCCACCAUUCUUGGUUUUGAUGUCCUGUGAGUAACCAAAUCCAAGUUUUGAAUUUGAAUCUAAUCUCCAUCUGUUGCAAAUGUUUUGGAGAUGCACUGGGAGUGUCAAAAUUUACAAGUUACAGAGGUUUGAUGAGGCUUGUCUGACACCAAUAGUGGGUUUAUAUAGGACAACCUUUUAGCUGUUUCCUUCCCUUUUUCUCGAUACCUGUGUAUAUUAUACGAGAAAAAAGGAAACAAUUUUGUCAUAAUUUUUGCUUAAUGAUUGCAAUUGUUCUGGUGUUGCAAAAUUGAUUCUUUGGUGGCCUGGGGAAAGCUGGUCCAGUGGACUAUCAGAUUGUUUGGGUGCCGUGUAUAAGUUGUAACUAUAAAUAGUUUUCAGUAUUUGAUUCAUUUUUUUAUGGGGGCUAACCUAACAAUAAAUGACGAUGGCGCAAUCUGCUGCUGAUCUGAGUGUUGUUUGGGGGUCCUGCUUGAGCACUGCCUUUGUAACGGGGAAGUGAUGUAAAUGCCCGUGCUGCUAAUGAAAAGAGGUUUCGUUUCCAUUC